AAUUUGAAGUUGCAUUUGAUAAACGAAACUGGGAGAGUUUAGAUCAGAGACCGGUUUGGGUUCGCAUUUUCGAUUUUUGGUCUAGUUUCGAUUACGUUAUUGAGCGUCCAAUGGUAAUGGCCGUGAUACUGUUGCUCGCCCUGGCACUUUUAGUCGGUUGCUAUUGCGCGAUUCACAGGCAAAAGAUCAGUGCAAUCUAUCUGAAGCCAUUGCUGAAGAAUACUCCAUUCGAGGACGUCUAUCAUGCCACGCCCAUCGAGCAGCGCAAGCGUCGCGGCAUCUGGGAUAUACCCGGACCACAGCGAAUACCCUUUUUUGGCACCAAGUGGAUAUUUUUCGUCUUCUUUCGACGCUACAAAAUGACCAAACUGCACGAAGUCUACGCAGAUCUGAAUCAACAGUAUGGCGACAUUGUGCUGGAAGUCAUGCCCUCCAAUGUUCCCAUCGUGCAUCUGUAUAAGCGCGAGGAUCUCGAGAAGGUGCUCAAGUAUCCCAGCAAAUAUCCAUUCCGACCGCCCACCGAGAUCAUUGUGAUGUACCGCCAAUCUCGGCCAGAUCGUUAUGCCAGCGUUGGCAUCGUCAACGAGCAGGGUCCGAUGUGGCAGCGGUUGCGCUCCUCGCUCACCUCCAGCAUCACCUCGCCCCGCAUCCUACAGAACUUUCUGCCCGCCCUCAAUGCCGUCUGUGAUGAUUUCGUUGAGCUGCUUCGCGCUAGACGCGAUCCCCACACGAAUGUGGUGCCCAACUUUGAGGAGCUGGCCAAUCUGAUGGGACUCGAGGCGGUCUGCACUUUGAUGCUGGGCCGCCGCAUGGGUUUCCUGGCGGCAAAUGCCAAACAGCCGGAGAAGAUCAGUCAGCUGGCGGCGGCUGUUAAACAGCUGUUCAUCUCGCAGCGGGAUUCGUAUUAUGGCCUGGGAUUGUGGAAAUACUUUCCCACCAAAACGUAUCGGGACUUUGCCCGUGCCGAGGACUUGAUCUAUGAUGUCAUCUCCGAGAUCAUUGAUAAUGAACUGGAGGAGCAUCGAAAGUCUGCUGCCUGUGAGGAUGAAGAUUCCGCGGGCUUGCGAAGCGUCUUCCUCAACAUUCUAGAGCUGAAGGACUUGGAUAUUCGUGACAAAAAGUCCGCGAUCAUAGACUUUAUUGCAGCGGGUAUUGAGACGCUAGCGAACACGCUGCUAUUUGUGCUGAGCUCCGUGACAGGGGAACCUUCGUCCAUGCCCCGCAUUCUCAGUGAGUUUCUUGAGUAUCGCGACACCAAUAUCCUGCAGGAUGCGCUGACCAAUGCCACAUACACAAAGGCCUGCAUACAGGAAUCGUACAGACUGCGACCCACGGCUUUCUGUUUGGCACGCAUCCUGGAAGAGGACAUGGAGCUGUCCGGCUAUUCACUGAAUGCGGGCACUGUGGUGCUCUGUCAGAAUAUGAUCGCGUGUCACAAAGACAGCAACUUUCAAGAGGCCAAACAGUUUACUCCGGAGCGUUGGAUCGAUCCUGGCACGGGAAAUUUUACAGUCAACGUGGACAGUGCCAGCAUUGUGGUGCCCUUCGGGGUGGGACGACGAACGUGUCCUGGCAAGCGAUUCGUCGAAAUGGAAGUCGUCCUGCUGCUGGCCAAGCUUGUGCUGGCAUUCGAAGUCAGUUUUGUGGAGCCGCUGCAAACGGAAUUCGAGUUUUUGUUGGCACCCAAAACACCAUUGAGUUUGGUGCUAAAAGAUCGCGAAUUGUAAAAUAUCCUCCUCGCAGUUUAAUGUAUCUAAUACAAAGCCAGAAGGUAAACAAACUAAUGCUGUAUAUACGAGAAGGUAGAGAUAAUAGAAUUGUACACUAUUUGGGUAUAAACGCUUGCAAAUAAGAGAAGGUUUAAACGGGUUAUUACAAGUUAGAAAAACACUGAAUAAAACAUGCGUAUGGGUUUUUUUCUUUGAGAGAAAAUUGUCAAAAUACAAUAUUAAACAUAUUCAGAAGUCUGUUGAAAUAGAUAAGUUAAGAUAUCUUUUAUAAUAGACUUACAAUAACGUUUUUCUCCAAGUCAUUUGUUAAAUGCGCCGAAAAGUAUGCUUUAAAAAUUAUAACUUGUUUUAGUGUUUUUGAAAUUACUUCUAAUUGGUAAUAAUCAACCGCUUAAUAAAUCUAUUUAAAAUUUCUAAUUGACAAGCGUUUGUAAACAAUUAAUAUUACAUAUCGUGUGGGAAGCGGGAGAUUAUAUGGAACCCAGAAAUUAAACUAAAUUUAAAAUAAAACCAAUCUGUAUAUAUGCAAAAUAAUUAGCUUGUAGCUGCCGUAUGAUUGAUGAUGCAUUUAAUUGUUCAAAUGCAAUUUGCAUUAUGUUGUUGUAAUUAUUACUAUUUUUAUUAUUAUUGUUAAUCUUAAGUAGCGGCAAUUAUUUGUGUGCGUGUAAACGGAAAGACUGUGUUUAAGUUUUGUUGUUUAAACGAUGUAAAACUAAUCCCAUAAUUUUGUAUGAUACAAAAGACAAACUAAUUCAUAAUGCUCUGUACAGUUAACAAUUUAUUAUAUUUAUUCAAGUUUUUCUAUUAUCUUAGUUUAUUAUCUGUGUAUAUUUUUUGUUAAAUGAAAAAGAAAACAAAACAAGAGUUAAAAACGAUAAAAGAGAGAAAAUGAAAAUAAAGCAAUGCUUUUGAACUGUG